AUGUGUACUAUUAUCAGCAUCAGAAUCUGCACCAACCUCACUAAAACUCGGGGAGAAUAUAAGAAAUUUUAUAAAACUGACCUAAUAAGGUUUAAGAGAGAAAAACAAGAGAAGGUAACGUCAGACUACAAGGAGCAUCGGGUGUAUAAAUGGCUCAGUGUCAGGAAUGAUCUACCAUAUUUUAUAAAGAAACGAAGACCCAUUAGGAAACCCAAACAGUAUACUAUUGACAAAACCUCAGGUGAAUCUACUUCUGAAUCCGACUAUUCUCAGGAGUCACACCUUACACGACAACCAGGAGGUGCAUCGGAUUCGUUACAACCUUUUUUAGAGACUGCAUUACCAGAAGAACCAGGAAUACGGAACCGCUAUCAGAGCAGACACGGAUUGUCAGGCGGAGAUACAUCACGUGACGUGGGCAGAAGGGUCGUACCUUUUGGGGCAAGAGGCAGACCACCCCGUCAACAGAGAUAG